AUGGCAGGAGGAAACGCCAAGCAACAGAAGGCCCAGCAAAAGGCACUGGAAAAACAAAAACAGAAAAUCGUAGAGGAUAAAACCUUCGGCCUAAAAAAUAAAAAAAGCAAAUCAGUUCAAAAAUAUAUAAAGAGUAUACAACAGCAGAUUACCGGACAACCUCCAAAGGAUAGCGAUAAGUAUAUCGCCCAGCAAAAUAAAGAAAAGGAGGAAAAGAAUAGAAUCAUGCAACAAAAAGCUCUAAUCGCAUCCCUUUUCAAAACUACCGAGACCGUGAAGCAAGUGAGUAUGGAGUCUCAGAAGCUUUAUGAACCCAAACAAUCAAGAAUGGACCAGAAAAUAGAUAUUUAUUUAGAUCAACGUAUCCAACGAUCUAAGGAAGAUGAGAAUAUGAGUACUUGGGAUAUAACAACACUGGAAGGUGUAGUGCAACAAAAAAACACUAACUCCUGUACCACUGAUAUCAUAUGCAAGUACUUCCUACAAGCAGUUGAGUCCAAGAAAUAUGGCUGGUUUUGGGUUUGCCCAAAUGGCGGUGAUGACUGUAAAUAUAGGCAUUGUCUUCCUCCAGGGUUUGUGUUGGCUAGCGAUGUACCACAAGAAGUAGUUGACGAUGAUGAAACCCUAGAAGAAAUGAUAGAACGACAGAGGAGAGAGCUUCCACCUGGAGGUGAAAUGGUAACUGAGGAAUCAUUUAAGCGAUGGAAGGAGGAAAAGGAAAAAGGCCGUUUAGACGAACUAAAAGAUAGAGUAACUAAGGACUCAACAACACAGCUUACCGGGAAGGAUCUAUUCACCUUUAACCCGAACCUCUUCAUGGAUGAUGAAGGGGCUGCAGACGAUUUCGACUACGACGAAGAUAUCGAUCUCGACGAACUAAUUAGAGAGAACGAAGAAAGCUUAACAAAAGGAAAUGUCCUUCCAGAUGACGUAAGUUCUUUUUAUAAUUAUUUCACAUCAUAUAACUGUGUAAUUUUAAAUACUGUAAAAAUAUUCUGUGACUUAAUUAAUGAUGUUUUAGGUUACGGAAUCUCUGAAAACCCUUUCAUUGUGAUCCAUAUCGCAAAUGUAUACCUAAUCUAA